GUGCUGAAGAGUUCCUCGAUCAAGUUAUUUUCUUCUUGAUCAUCACCGAGAUCACCGAGAAAAUGCCUGUCGGUGACGUGGGUAUCACCUUGAUAGUAGUGUUGGGAUUGACAUUCUUGGUUCCUUGCUUGGCUUUGAACUGUAUUGGCUCAAAUGAGGUGCUUCAGUUUUGUCAGUCAUAUAACGCACAGUGUGGUGGCCAAGGAGAUUUUCAAGUCAGUAAAUAUCUAGACGAAGACAUUUAUUCUCAUAAGGAUGCAACAACGCCAAAUACAUUCUUCGCAGCAAAAGAUGUUAUUAUCAUCAAUGCGGGGGGCACAUCAGAAUUUCCAAUGAGAGAACUUUUGUCAGGUGUAAUAGCGGAAAAUUCAGACGAGGAUCUAAAGCUGGGAAGACUGACAAGUGUGCUCGAGCUUCUGAUUUCAUCCUUUAAAGAGAUCUAUGCAGGGGAAAUCACCGGAAAGCAAAGCAACCAAUGUAUCAAUUGCGAGAAAUAUUUACCUCUGUGGACGAAAAUCAAGGAUGAUUACGAAAACAUUAUUGGAACACGAUUUGAAGGAGAAAAACCUCAAGUUUUUAUUCAUACUGAACCACCGAAUCAUUCGAAACUUGUUUCCUCUUAUGGGCCUCGAUCUUCGCGUCCUAUCUUCAAAGAUGUCCAGACCAUUUCAGGUUUAGAAAAAAAAUUUAAUCUAGUGACUGAUAUCAAACCGGUCGUUUCGCCCGUUGAGAAUCGUCAGGUUGCAUCAACUAGCACGAGUGCUCAUGUGGUUAUUCCCAAGGUUGAAUUUGGAUACAGCAUCCAUCGUCCGAAAAUAGUUAUAAACGAAACUCAAAUUCCCGCUUCUGGGAACAAUGUUACCAACCCCAAUUUUCUUAUUCCUAAUAUAACAAUUCCUUCGUUACCUUCAUCGUAUGUUUCAUUCUCAGACAAAUCUACUACUAAACCUCAAGAACUUUCACCCCGUAGAAGUUACUUGCUAGAUAAUUUGCUAGGCCCGACCAUUAAACCGAUCAACUUAUCAUUCUCUGGCUCAUCAGCUGGAAAAGCUCCAGCAAAAAUGAUCGUUACAUCAGAUAUUGCCCCUGAAAAUUUUAAAAGAUUACCUCAACAUGUUCAGGCUAUCAGUAACGAUCCAGCAAGGGUAGUAGUGGAUGACAUAGAUUAUGCAAUUUACGAAGUUCCUUUGGGUGAUAUAACCAAACCUGAAGGUGUAAGGGGGCCAUUUUCAUCGAUGCCUUUCGCGCCUAAGCAUGUAGUGGAACCAUUUCCAUAUAUUCCUAAAAACAACCAUGAUGUUCUAGUAGAAGUAAUUGAAAUUCCGAUUGAAAUUGAAACGCCUCUGUCGCAGGAUGGUUCGUAUCCACAAAUAUUAUCAGAAAAAAGCUACCCCACUCGUACUGGCUUUAACAGGUUCAAUUUGCAUCAGCCGACCACAGGGGCCGAGUCGCCAUUUCCGAGUAUUUAUAAAUAUGUCUCUGCAAACAGACUUGAUUCGGGAAUUAAAAACAUUGACGAUCAAUUUAUUAUUAGUGAUGAUUUGAAUUUACAUUACAAGGUUGAGAACCCACAGCGAAAUAAUAGAGUUCCUUUGCAGCUCAACUUCAGAGCACAACCGCCUAGUCAAUCCAACGGCUCAUCGCUCUUUGAUGCAGGAUCGAACAUUUUUCAUCGUUCACCGGUGUCUUUCGUUACUGAGAAAGAACAGAUAGCAAUUCCUUCGUUUACUAACCUGCCAUCUCUCACAUAUGAAAUUGAUCGUAGAGUUCAUGACAUUGAGUCCACAAAUGGUUUGCAGUCGUGGUUGGACUUUUCUCGCCACCCCGUCCUGCUGGCCCAGCACAUUUCGCAAAAGAAGGUGGCUUUCCCGCUUGAGAACUCCAGUAUUUCGCGCGAUUGGCACCGUUUCCAAACAAAUAUAAAUCGCGAGUUCAAAAGUCCAACGCUUGAAUCCAAGAAUUCUAAGCUUGAAUCCAAGACUGAUGAAAUUACUUCAUGGGAAGAAUUAAUGGUUUCAUUAAACCAAAAACCACCACAGGAAGUCGAAUCAGAUACGUAUUUCGAUUACUAUGACGAUGAAAAUGAUCUUAAUGCACUUUCCUGGGGAAAAUCGGAUUUAUUCAAUAAUGGUUACGCGAUUGAUCAGAUAAGAAACAAUUCUUUCGACCAUUUCGGUAGUGUAAUUCCUUUAUACUUUGACAUUUCAACACCUUCGAGUUAUGAUCUCACAGACUAUGGAGCCGAUGAGUUAGGUGAAGGUCAAUCUAUAAAUGAAGGUUCUCAUAUUGACGACUAUAUGGAGCUUCUGGUUCCUGAAAGUGAACCCACUGAUCUUUUGAAAGAACAAGUUUCACCCUCGUAUGUCUAUGACGACUACAUAUAUCCAAUGGACCCUCAAACCGAGCUGACACGAGCAACGGAGGUGCAAAAUAGUUUACUGGGUGAUCAGCUCCAUUAUUCAGAUCAACAAAACGUACCAAAAGAAAAUUCUUUCCCAAUUUUUCCCGAAAGACUAAGACUAGAUUCGUUACCAAGUUCUGCUGGAGAGGAGGGAUUUUAUUCAGAGUAUUCAGAAACGAAACAUGACUAUGGUUCUCUACCUGAAGGUAAUGAAUACGAUUCAGCUUACCCAGAUUAUGCAUUUGAUUCAAGUGGAAAAGAAAAAAUCCCAAACGUCAGCAAGUUGGUAAAUUUCCCUGUAAGUAGCAGUGGAGCGAAUUCUAUCAGAAAUUAUGUGGAGCAAGCUGGAUUAUCAGGGACUGUAAAACAGCAGGCAGGUUCUACUGAUGGAGGACAAAACUUAAACUAUUUUGGGUCUGAAGAUAGCUGGGGAAAAAUGAAUGGUGAUCUUCCUUUUAGUGCUGAUUAUUACAAAGAUUAUAUCAGUAGUGAGGUUACGGACCGACAGUGGACACUUGGAUUUGGAAGUUAUCUUCCGACCCCGAAAAUGGAAGAGGUCGUAAAAGCUGAAGGUUUCUCAGUGAACAGUUUUGGAAACCAGCAUCUGUUAAAUUCUUUUCAUGAUCAACGUUUGAUUGUCCUGUCAUCAUACGAUGACGAGGCGCUCACAUCGAUGGACGAUGUCGGUGAUAACGAUUAUUAUGACAUGGUCUAUCCGAGCGAAGAUAACGGUCUCUCCGCUGCGUUAAACUCCAAUGCAAAUUUGAAACGAGAAAACAACGGAAAAUCGAUCUUCAACCCAUUCGCACCAAUUACAAAAAGUCGUUUAUCAAGAUCUCUUAGAAGCUUUAACCCUCCGCAGCUCUGCACCUAUCAAAACACAGGAUGUGAAACUUAUUGUGAUGGCUUUUGGGUCGUCAUACAAGAUCGUGACUGGCAAACUUCACGGUCGUUUGAUAAGAAACUGAGUGACUUUAGAAUUGGUUUUGGGGACGCUUCUUCUGGUUACUGGAUUGGGUUGGAGUGUCUUCAUUUCCUCACCUCCCGAAGACCCCAUCAGCUGCUGGUGGAACUGGUGGCCAGGGACGGCCGCACUGCUUCUGCUUUGUAUGAAAAUUUCAGCGUCGAUGGAGGGGAGAACUUUUUUCAACUUCAUUUGGGAAGGUUCGUGGAAGGAGACGCGGGUGACGGCUUCAGGCUGGCAGACGGAGCUCUGUUCUCCACC